AGUGCUGCCGGACGCGGACAAGACAGUGCGAUUCGGAAAACGUCGGACGCGGAGUAUCGAUAUACGUCGAGUGAAUGGAAUUGGAUACCGUAAAUGCGUACAGUACCGUCGGGAUGGAGCAGGGAUUGUCUGGGGAUCCAUGGGACUGCCUGUUUAGUGACAGCAUCUCCGACGCCUUCCAGGGUCGUCCAGAGAUGUUACAUAUGGGCAUUCGGCGUUGCGAUAAUACGAGCCAAAUCGGCUGGUUUGGUCCAGGCCUUGGCUUCGAUUUCGACGACGUCUUGACGGAACCCGACGAUGAUCCGCUCACCUUCAAUGACAAAAGCCGCAGUUCGAACAGCAACCUGGAAGAAUUGAAUCUGGACAGCGACAGCGAACUGGCUUUGACGUUAGAUCCGAAUUUGAUACUGCCGUGUAACAUGCCUAUCCGCAGCCCCGCGACAAAUAGCGACGCAGCGAUGCUGGAGACAGCGAGCGUGGAGGAGAACGCUGUUGAAAACGAGGGAGAUGAGACGGAGAACGAAAGUGAGGUCGAGCGAACCGAAAACGAUGAAGAGAAUGAAAGCGAGGAGGAAGAAGAGAUCGAAGUUGAGGAUAACGAGCAUAAUGAGACAGAGUACGAAACGGAGGAAGAAGAAACAGAAGAGGAAGAGGUAGAGGAAGACGAGGAGACGGAUGAUGAGGAGCAGGACAUGACUCAAAAGUCGCUCACACCCUUGAGUGUGGAGGUGCCGAUAUCGUCGUCGUCGGGCAACGUCGUCAGCGCCAGGACGUUAACCAGUGCUAACAUAGCUACCUCCUCGCCGACGAUACAACUGACGAGGUUGCACCAUCCUAAAAUAACCACCAUAUCAAGCACAGCCAAGGAUAUCAAGAUGCUGCAAACUAAUCCAAGCGUCCAGGCGUUGCAACAGAUUCGCAAACACAUGUCCUACAAUAAUAAUUUGCACGACGUCAGUACAGGUGCGACGACGACGGUCAUGAUACAGGCGGCAAAGCGUGAAAAGGAGUUAACGUCGGGGAACCGUGACAACUCUUAUCCGAAACCCGGGUACUCGUACUCGUGUCUCAUCGCGAUGGCACUGAAGAAUAGCCGAACAGGAUCGCUGCCAGUCUCAGAAAUCUACAAUUUCAUGUGGCACAAUCUGUCGCUGAAUAAAUGUUUCGAGAAGAUCGAGAAGCCACCCGGCAAUGGUAGUCAGCGAAAGGGUUGCCUCUGGGCCAUCCAUCCGUCGAAAGUGGCCAAGAUGGACGAGGAGGUGCGGAAAUGGUCGAGAAAGGACCCGUCCGCGAUCAAGCGAGCCAUGGUGAAUCCGGAACAGCUGGAGCUCCUCGAGCGGGGUGAGAUGAAGUACGAGGGAGACAGGCACGACGAGGCAUACGAUGACGCAGAGAGCUACGCGGAUUCUGAGACCGGUGGUUCCGUGGUAGACGAAGCCAUCAACGACGACGAGAAUGUUACGUAUGAUGAAACCAAGCAGAUCGAUAUCGUCGACGACGAUAUCGUUGUGGAGCAGCUCUACGAGGAUCUUGAUCUCAUGAAUGCCACCGAGUUACUCGACACGCGACUAAACAACUUUUCUAGGCAAGAGCAGCCAUUGGUGUACGAGUUCGUCUCGUGCUCGAAGCGCCAGAAAAUGUUAACGGGCAACGAUUUUAUUUGUCAACCUGUCCAACGACAGGACGCGACGUCGCCCCGGAAAAAAGCGCAUCUCGUGGCGUUACGACCCGGAGGCACCGCUCCUCCGGGUGCCGAAUCCCUUCUCGAGGCGGAUUGAAUCCCUGGGACAUUUAUAUGAUCUCCUAUUUAAAUAUAUACACGCGGCCAAGUACACACCUUCUUUUUUUAUUGCCAGACCAUUGUAAAUAAUUGCGUCCUGUAACUUUUUUUACAGUCUGAGAUUUUGUAAAUACUUGUGUUUUAUACGAUGAUGUACCUUUUUUAUACAAUGCGCUUGUACAUAACUGUAAUUUUUAAGUGUACAAAUAUCUGUACAUAUACAAUGUAUAAAGGCUAUUUUUUUUUAGAACCAUAAUAUGGGACCAUCCUGUAGGCAUGCGCAUAGAAAAGUUUUCAAACACAAAUAGUUAUUCAAUAUUACUCUACGCAUGUUCGCAUAUUUACAAAAAAAUAGCCAUAACAAGCAAGAAAAAUUCCGAAUCGAUUAAAUCCGACGAUAGAAGGUGCUUACCCGGGGACGACUAUUGUAUAUCACUAAAUUAGCGAUCGCCUAACAUGUCUAAUGGCGCCACAACAAUUUUAUAAUAAACAUUUUUUAAUGACCCAUUAACCUCUCGAUCUUUUUAUUUGCAACUCUCGAAAAAUGUGGAACACAAAUAAUACGCGCCAGUUUCCACGUACCGUCCGCGAUAGGAAACAAAUUAACACGAAGCUCACGAAUCGUCACUGCCAAGAAUGGUCAAAGAUAAAAUAAGAAUGGAUUAACGUGUAGAUUACGUAAGGAUACGACACGCGAUCUCAUACCGAUCUUUCGAGAACUAUAACUCAUUCAGUGCUACUCCUUUAUGCGUGAU